AUGAGUGAAUCAGAAUUACAGCAGCUGCAAGUUCUUUGUGAAGCUAUGUAUUGCGGUAACAAGGAAGAACAAAAUCAAGCACAUACCAUAUUACUCCCACUUGUAAACAAUGUUAUGAAUGUUAGUAAAUUGAAGAACAUUUUAGGAAGUACGAAUCAUGUACAUACCCUAAUAUUUACUACGUCUGGUUUACUUCAAUUAAUUACAAACGAAUGGAAUAAAAUAGAUCAGAAAGAAAAGGAUGAAUUAAAAGAAUUUGUGAUAUCCUAUUUAUAUAAUAAAGGUGUAGAGUUAUUAAAUUUAUCAACUAAUAUAUUAGGAAAUUUUGUACGUUUAUAUGUUCGUAUAGUAAAAUUAUCUUGGCUAGAAAAUACGAAUUAUUCCCUUAUAACAAAACAAGUAGAAUAUUUUUUAAAUUCUGUAACUAGCCAUUGGAUUAUAGGAUUAUAUAUAUAUGCAGCUUUAAUAGAAGAUAUGCAUCCUCAAUGUGGUGUAAAUUCAGCAAAAAGCCGAAGGUGUGCAAUAUCAUUUCGAGAUUAUGUUUUAAAAGAUAUUUUUAAAGUAGGUAUAGAGACAUUAGAAGAAUUUGUAAAAGGUAGUAUUCGAAUAGAAUUAAGAGUAGAAGAGAAUAGAUUAUUAAUUAAAGUAUUAGAAUUAAUAUAUAAUAGUUUAUCUUUUGAUUUUAUGGGUACUAUGAUAAAUGAUGAAAGUUCAGAUGAAAAUAUAUCAUUAAUGAUACCACAAUCAUGGGAUAUAUUUAAUGAAAAGAAUAUACCUAAAUUAUUUUUUGAUAUGUAUGAAUUAUGUAUGUCAGAAGAAGAUGAUAUACGUAAUUGUUGUGGUAAAUAUUGUUUAAGAUCAUUAAUAUUAUUAGGUAGUUUAAGAAAAACAUUUUUUACAAAUGAAAAACAAAAAGUACAUUAUAUGAAUGAAUUUUUGGGUGGUAUUAAUAAAAUUAUAGAGAAAAAAAUUGGUUUAAAUGAUGAAGAUUGUUUUCAUGAAAUGUGUAGAUUAAUUGGUAAAAUAGAUACUAGUGUAAGAUUACAAGAAUUAAGUACAUAUUCUAAUUUCUUGUCAUGGUGUCAUAAUAUAUAUUUAUUUACUAUGGAUGGUAUGAAGAACUGGAAAUAUCUAUGUAAUAGUAAACAUUAUUUAUUAGGUAUAUGGAGUAAUAUGUUAAAUAUUAUCCCACCUAAAGUAAUUAAAGAAAUAAAUAAUAGAACUGAUGAAAAAGAUUUAUUAAAAGAUGUAUUAAGUAAUAAAAAUAUCUUUGCAAAGAAAAAUUCUAUAUCAGAUAAUUUUAAUUCACAUGAUAUAGAUAAUAAAUAUCUUAUAAUUUGUGAUUAUAUUUAUGAUAUUACUAUUAUUUUUAUAAAUACUCGAUUAGAAUUAGCAAAUUAUAUAUGUGAAAAAGGAGAUAAUUGUGAAAUUGAAAAUCCAUUAUAUAAUGAUGUAUUAAGAAGUGAACAAUUAGAAUUAAUAUCAAAUCUAUCCAAAUUACAAUAUAAUUUUAUUGGUGCAAAAUUAUUAUCAAUUUUUUAUGAAUUAAAAAGUAACCAUGAAAAUAAUCUUAUAAGUCAAACAGUAUUUAUAGAACAAACAACUUGGUUAGUAUUUAUAAUUGCAUCUAUAAUAUCAAGUAGUGCAAUAUCUAAUAUGAAAAAUUCAUCAUAUAAUAAUUUUAAAAUUAAUUCAGAAUUAUGUUUCUUAGUAUUUUCAUUAAUGGAUCAAACAAACAAAUCUCCUGAAGUUUUUGAAUAUUUAGAAUUUGCAUAUUUAAAUUGUUUAGAAUUAUUUAAAAAGGUAUAUAUUAGUGGCAAAAAAAAUAAUCAAUUUUUAAAAGAAAUGCGAUCAGUUGCUUUAAAAAUUAUACCAGAUGGGGCAUGUAAUAUAUAUCCAAACAACAAUAAUAAUAAUAAUAAUAAUAAUAGUAGUAAUAAUAUCAAUAGUAAUAAUAAUAAUAGUAGUAGUGGUAUAAAUAAUACAUUAAAUUUUACAACAAGUAAUUCAAAUAAUCCAAAUAAUUUACUUAAUAGUAAUAUGAACAAUUUUGCUACGCCCUCCUUAAUAACAAAUGAAAAUGAUGAUGAUAACAAUGAUCCACUUAUUGAUUUAAUUAUUAGCAAAAUAUUAUUUAAUUUAAAUAAUAGAGUAGAAUAUGAACAAAUCAUAAAAAGAAGUUUAGAUUUAUUUCAUGAUUUAGUAUCAGGAAUGAAUAUUGUUUGUUUAGAAGAUAAGACACCUAAAUUAAUAGUAUUUGCUAGAUUGUUGUUAAAGAAUGAAAAGAUCUUAAAUUUAUUACAUAAUAGGAAUACAAAAUUUUUAGAAAUAUCGAAAUAUUAUAAAUAUAGAACAAAUUAUUAUUUAAUAUUAACUAAAUUAUUAUUUAUGGAACAAAAUUUAGUUUCUUCAACAUUUGAAAAAUAUAUAGCACCUAUUAAUAAUAUAUUGGAAUGUAUAAAAAGAGAAAUAAAUAUAAAUGGAAAAGAUAUUAUAUUAAAAAAUAAUGAAAUUAAAUUAACUUUUAUUGGAGCUUUAAGAGAUUUAAGAGGAAUAUGUAUGGCUUGUAACAAUGUAGAAACAUAUAAUAUGUUUUUUAAUUUCUUUAUAAAUAGUCAUCCAUUAGAAGAUAAUCAAAUGAAUAUAUUAACAUCCUUAGUUGAUGUAAUAUGGAAUAGUUAUGAUAUAUGUAUUCCUUUUUUAAAAUUUAUGUGUGAAUUUGUUUAUAAUAAAUCACAAAGAAUAACAUUUCCUAAAUCAUCUCCAAAUGGAAUAUUAUUAUUUAAAGUAGUAUCUAAUAUUUUAAUAAUUAUAUCUAAUAAUCUAUUACAAAAAGAUAAAUUUAUUGAUAUAUAUAAAGAAAAAUAUAAAAUUAUCUCACUCUUAUUAAAUAUGUUUAAUAAUUGCUUAAACGGAGAUUUUGUUAAUUUUGCAAUUUUUGAUUUAUAUAAUGAUGAUAUAUUAAAUAACUCACUAAAUUUAGCAUUAAAUAUGUGUUUAGUUAUACCAACAAAUGAUUUAUUAUCAUACAUCAAACAUUUAAAACCUUACUUUUCAUUCCUAGAUUUAGUUACAAAAAAUUUCUUUCAAAGAAUAUUAAAUUUGGAAUUUCAACUUAUAGCUGAUAUUAUCCAUAAUGUAAAGGAAGGGUUAUGUUCAUUCGAUUAUACUGUAUCAAUGACAUGUUGCUCAAUAUUAGAUAAUAUAGUAACCUAUAUAUUUACGAACAGGAAAAGUUCAACAGAACAAGGACAAAUAAUUAAAAAUUUCUUGGAAAGCCAGCCACAAGCAUUGAAAGAAGUAUUAAAUUUGAUGUUCCAUUUAAUCUUAGGAGGAGACUUUGGAAGUACAUGGAGUAUGUCCCAACCAUUAUUGGGUCUAAUUUUAUUGGAUGCCCAAGGAUAUUUUAAAAUACAAGAACAAUUAAUAUCUCAACAAAGCGAAGAGAAAAAACAAAAAUUGAGACAUAGCUUUUGUAAAUUAAUGGAUCAUAUUGAAUCAAAUUUGGCUCCAAACAAUAGGGAAAACUUUACGAGAAAUCUAUACACCUUUGCCCAAGAAAUUAGAAACAUUUUAAUAUAA